AUGGCCUCCCUUCUUGAACGCCUGAGUGUCCCGCAGCCCACUGGACCCGGCCCCAUUCGUUCGCGAAACAGCCAAAGCCGCUCGUCAACGCCAUAUAACCGACCCCCGAAACGCGACGUCGACUCUCCGUGGUCGCACGAUCUCUUCGAGCAGCACAAUUCCUUAUCCGCGCGCCUGAACCUGACGCCCUCAGCCCCCAAAACGACAAUCACCUCAAUUGCGCAGAAGGCGCUGAGAGAUGCUACAUCAAAGUCGUCAGGGGAGCUGAACAUCAAGGGCGCGGGCUCGCAGAAUGUAGUUGAGGUGACGGGACUGGUGGAUGGGACGACGGCAGACGACGUUGCAGCAAUCUUCAAGCGUUGUGGCACAGUCACCAAUACCAAGGCCGUGCCCGGUGGCGAAACGAAAAUCCGAGUUACAUUCAAAGAGCCAGCUUCAGCGACCGCAGCGGUUCAGAAGUUCAACGGGCAAGUAGCUGAUGGCAAGGUGUUAUCAGUGCGUAUAGUAGGCGCAACGGCGACCACGCUUGGUGGUAGAUUGGGGGGUGUCGACGGCUUGGGCUUGGUGCGACAGGAGGGCAGCGUGGACGUCUUGAUGGGCACGCAAGAGGGUGGCUCGAAAAUGCGUUCGGACUCUCUUCUCAAGGCCGACCCACGGGCGCAAGUACUAGUAGCACCUCCUGGCACGAAUCCAGCAGACUACGUAUCAGCGCCCGGCCAGCGGGGAGGCAGGCGGGGACGUGGUGGGCGAGGUGGACGUGGAAGACGUGGUGGUGGACGGGGCGGUAAUUCCAAUAAAAUGGACCUUGAUUAA